GGUUUCACGUGGCUGGGUACAUCGCCCUAAAUUUAAAAAAAAGAAGAAAGGGGGUCGAGCGGCUGCUACUAGCCCAAGGCAAACGCUCAAGCCCGUCGGUCGCACACACGAAGAGCAACAGCUUUACUCACGGAUCGGAAAACCAGGCACCUGGCCACUGCAGAAGCGCCACCAAUUUCUCGAGUGGACCAAGAGGGUAGUCGGUUAGUUAGGGAGCCAGCGUCUUGGAAGGUAUGUAGACGAGUAGAUGGAAGGGCAACCCGAAAGGGAGUUUGCGGCAGAGAGCAAGGGGAAGUUAGUGGUGUAGGAGCACGAGAGUGCCGCUCCCUGCGGAGGGAGAGGAGGAGAUGGUGGCGACGUGAAAUAAGGGAGGUGUUGCGCAGGCCAUCACGAUGUCCCGGAGUGGGCAGUAGCGUGGAAAUUCGGGUUUCGUUUCAGGCGUUUUACUGGUAGACGAGUUCGGGUUGUGCUGGUCUUGAUUGAUAAUUGCGAGCGCGAUUGUGUAGAUGGCGCAGGGAGACUGGCAAGCUGCAGAGGGGCUCGCGGUGGUGAAAGUGUUGGGGGCGAUGGCCAUGGCCUCGGCCGUGGUUGGGAUGGCCGGUCGAGUCCUGGGGAUAGCCCCCCUGCCUGAUCUUGCAGGUGGGCUGUUUCCGAAGAACAAUACCAAGAAGAAGAAAAAGGUGAGAGUGUACAUGGAUGGGUGCUUCGACAUGAUGCACUAUGGGCACGCUAAUGCGCUGAGGCAGGCUAGGGCUCUUGGCGACGAGCUUGUUGUGGGGGUGAUGAGCGACGAGGAGAUUAAAGCCAACAAGGGGCCUCCAGUGAUGUCGAUGGACGAAAGGGUGGUGAUGGUGAGCUCAGUGAAGUGGGUGGACGAAGUAAUUCAGGAUGCCCCUUAUGAGAUCAAUGUGGAGUUUAUGAACAAGUUAUUCACCGAAUACAGAAUCGAUUACAUUAUUCAUGGCGACGAUCCGUGUCUCCUUCCCGACGGGUCAGAUGCGUAUGCGCACGCGAAGAAAGCAGGUCGUUACAAACAGAUAAAGCGCACAGAAGGAGUGUCGAGCACGGACAUCGUUGGGAGGAUGUUGUUGUGUGUUCGGGAUAGAAUCACUGGGGAAACACCCGUGCACGCUUCGUUACAGAGGCAAUUCAGUCAUGGACAUAGUGGCAAUGAAGGCACUAGUGUUGGUGGUGGUACUCGCGUGUCUCAUUUCUUGCCGACUUCUCGCCGAAUCGUACAGUUUUCGAAUGGGAAAGGACCUCGACCAGACGCACGAAUUGUUUACAUGGAUGGUGCCUUUGAUCUGUUCCAUGUUGGUCACGUUGAGACUCUGAAGGCUGCAAGGGCGAUGGGCGACUUUUUGCUGGUUGGCAUUCACAGUGAUCAGAUAGUCAGUGCGCAUCGUGGACCAAAUCAUCCGAUCAUGCACGUGCAUGAGCGCAGUCUGAGUGUGUUGGCGUGCCGCUACGUUGAUGAAGUCAUUAUUGGGGCCCCAUGGGAAGUGACCAAGGACAUGAUAACUACCUUUAAUAUUUCGUUGGUGGUUCAUGGAACUUGUGCGGAGGAGAACUUGUUAAAGAAUGGAGAGAUCGAUCCGUACUCAGCUGCUAAGGCAGCGGGAAUCUUUUCUGAAAUUAAGAGUCCUCGAGACAUAACGACGUCUACUAUUAUAAGUCGCAUACUCGCCAACCACGACGCAUACAAGAAGCGGAAUAAGAAGAAGGAGGAGAGUGAGAAAAAUUACUACCUGUCGAAAACGUAUGUGAACGGUGAUUAAUGCUUUAGGUCAUACCCUUCUUUGUUCCUGUUGGGAGCGGUCCGAUCUAGUUGCGACAUUGUUAGCAUGCGGGAGUUCGUGUAAGAGGCAGAGGACCGUUGCUCUAGGUGGGAGAUGGUCUCUGGUUGCGGGAGUUUAUAAAAUGAUUAUUUUCAUCAUUCAUUAUUCAGUUUUUGGGCCCAUGAUAUACUGGGUGAAUUCAGCAGUCACCGCCAGGUUUGUGAUUUAGUGGACUUGUGGAGGAGGUGAUUUCAUUUAGUUACUUACAUUUUAAAUGUAGUUAGCGGUGAGGCCUUGGUUUAUCUCAUGUGUUUUGGAUAGCUGGGGCCUUGUCAGAUGUCAUCUCCUGGUACAAUGCUUUCCUAAGAGCAGUAGCAAAACCCAGGAGAAGUUCCAUGGAGAAGGAAGUUAAACACCUUGAGGGCAUAGCUCAUGUCAGGAAGUUAAAUGUACAUAAUUGGCAAUAUUCUAAAAAUUUGAUAAAACAAUUCACUCUUACAGCAU